CCAUUGCUGCCAGUCUGGAAGGACAACAACUCCACUCUCCACGCACAGCAGAUGAAAGGCAAGACUCUAAUGGCAGUUGGAAAUGGCACUUUGGUAACAGAAUUUAUUCUCUUUGGAUUCACUGAUGACAAAAACUUACAAGCCAUCCUUUUUGGACUCUUUCUAGUGAUCUACAUGACCACCUUGAUGGGCAAUCUUGGCAUAAUUAUGUUAAUUCGGGCCAGCACCCAAUUACACACCCCUAUGUACUAUUUCCUCAGCCACUUGUCUCUCUCCGACAUAUGCUAUUCAUCUUCGGUCACUCCAAAAAUGCUGGACAACCUCCUGCAGGAGAAGGGAACCAUUUCUUUUGGGGGUUGUGCUGUUCAGUUUGCUGUGACUGUAACCUUUGGCACCAACGAGUGCUUCUUACUAGCAGCGAUGGCUUUCGAUCGCUACUCUGCCAGCUGCAGACCUCUGCUCUACCCGCUCAUCAUGUCCAAUAAGGUGCGUUUCCAGCUGGUCGUGGCUUCCUAUGUAGGCAGCUGUGUCAACGCCAUGAUUUUUGAAAGUUCCGUGUUUAGUUUGUCCUUCUGUGGGCCAAAUGAAAUCAAUCACUUCUCAUGUGAUUUGCCUCCUUUGCUGGAGCUCGCCUGUUCUGACCCCCGAGUGGCUCAAAUCUUGAAUUCUGUCAUUUCAAUUCUCAUCAUUUUGGUCACGAUUCUCAUCAUAGCCAUCUCCUAUCUGUGUAUCCUCUCUGCAAUUCUGAGAAACCCCUCCACUGAGGGGAGACACAAGGCUUUCUCCACCUGCGUCUCUCAUCUGACCGCCGUCAUGCUGUUCUAUGGGACAGCGAUGUUUAUUUAUACACAGCCAAACUCCAGAUACUCAAUGGGUCAGAAGAAAGUGGUGUCUGUGUUCUACAUGGUGGUGAUCCCCAUGUUGAACCCUCUGAUUUACAGCCUGAGGAACAAGGAUGUGAAGGAAGCUCUUAGAAGAAAAUUGGUUCUUAAAAGGUGUCCUGGACUGAGGCAAUGA